CCUUCGACCUAUUCCCAUUUAAAGCGGAGCUCAUACACUGUCUCAAAAACAACCUUACAAACCCCAAGAGCAAUCAUGGACCAAGCCAAAUUCAGCGAGGGUGUGAUGCAUAUUAAGGACCAUGGCUCCACACACUUGUCCCAGGAAACAGUCAAAAAGCUGAUCCACCAGUCUCAGGAGGCAAAGCAGCAAGCCUACUGCCCUUACAGCAAAUUCAGAGUGGGAGCUGCUCUCCUGACACCAGACAACUGUGUGUUUACAGGUUGCAAUGUGGAGAAUGCAUGUUACAACCUGGGUGUGUGUGCUGAAAGGAAUGCUAUAUCAAAAGCAGUGUCUGAAGGCUACAGAAGUUUCAAGGCAAUUGCAAUUGCCAGUGACAUGAAUGACCAGUUCAUCUCCCCGUGUGGUGGCUGUAGGCAGUUCAUAAGAGAGUUUGGAUCAAACUGCGAUGUGUACCUGUCUAAGCCUGACGGCUCAUACCUGAAGAUGACGGUGGACGAGCUGCUGCCCGUCUCCUUUGGCCCUGAAGAACUGUCCAUGAAGAAAGUGUUUGACAUUCCUAAUGAGUACUGAGCCUGUAUUGUAGUACACACGUGUUGCUUAUUUGAACCGCCAUGACAUGUACCGUGUAUAACAUAAUGCUGAAAACGUAUUCAUGUUUAGCAGCAGCUAUAUUUAUGGUAAAUAUUUCUUCUUGUGUUAUCUGCUGAUUUCAACAUCACAUAUUUAAAUGUACUUAAAUGUAUUGUGUUAUUAAUAUACUCAUCAAGCUAAUUGCCAGACUAUUAGCUGGAAAACUCCUUGUGCCUUAGUGAUUGAUUUACCUACAUUAACAUAUUUAAUGCUUGGUUGUUGAUGAAAUUAUUUCUUAGUUUGAAGAAGCAUGACAGAAAAUGACAUCUCAUAUCAACAUUAUUUUAAGAAAUGUUUUUAACAGUUUCUUUUAUUAAUUUACACUUCAUUUCUGAUAUACAGACACAAAUGAAGUUCAAAGGACAUACAAGAACAAUGAUUACAAGUUACAGUGUACCGCAUACAGCAUUUGUUGAGGAGCAAAUUAUUCAAUUACAGAGUAAAAGGAAGAGAGAGACGGGGUGAAGCAUUUAAGUUGCCAGUGCAAAUUCACUAAAACAUUUAUUAGUGAUUUUAGGUCUACGUAUCCCAUGCAUUGCUAUUUACAAUGGUUUAUGGCAAAGGCUUAAAAAGGGCAAGUAUAUUAUGGAAGGAUUUAUCUUUUUACCGUGAUUCAGACAAUUGGAAAAAAAAAAAA